AUGAGUCCUCAAUUUACUCUUCUUUCUGAAAAAGAAGAUAAACAUUUUGGUGACUUGCUUGGGUUAUUAAAGGAAUUGAAGGAAUUAUCUAUCAAGCCGGUUCCUUCUUCAUUAAUUACUUCUAAAUUCUUGUCACAUAAAUUUUUGCUGUUUGAAGCAAAUUUACAAAAACAAUUGUCCCCUCUUACUCGCAUAUCCAACCUUCUUCCAUCUGUGUCAAAUUCCCCACCUGCUAUCACAGGGGUGCAAGGGGGAGAAACGAAACUUGAUUUUACGAAGGCUGGGGAACAUUCGAAGGUGGAGGGAAAGAAAAUUUCUGCUGCAAUACCAAUUGUUGUUUCAGCUGGUCCAGUUUCUUCUACUGUGGUCACAACUGUUCCAUUAACCAAGCCAAUACUAAAGGGAGUUGUAAUUGGGGAGGCAGGUGGGAGUGCUUCAAAGAUGAAGACUGUGGUGACUGAGACAGCUUCGAAAGAUAGAGGGGAAGGAAUUUUAAUUGAGAAAACAAACGAAGAAAAGAAAGCAGAGGUAGAAAAAAUGAUACAUUUACAAAGUAUUAUGACUCUUCGUGAUCAAGAUCCUUCCAAUUUAGAUAAAGGAGAUCUUUCGAAGCAAUACAACUAUGAAGCAACUGAGGCCAGAGUUAUGUUUGAUCACAUGUACUCUUUUGAAAAGAUUCCGAAGAAAAGUUAUGUGGUUACAAAAUCUGAUUUAAAUCAGCUGGAUUUUCCAAUGAAUCAGUUUCGAUCUGAAGUCAAGUGCAAGGAUGUAGAUGAAGGGAAGAAGAUGAAAAUUCGUUUUCAUGCAGUAUUGGGUAAAGCUCCUGAAGAAGUCUGGUCACUGGAGAAAAUAAAGAAAGUAAACAGUAUAAAAAGAGAUGUGAUUUUCGAAAAUGUCAUCCAAAAUAUCAAAUACUCAGUGAUCAGAUCAAGUGGAAAAACUUGUGACUUCACUAUAGUUGACUUUCUGUUGAUGAACUUGUAUAAUCUUAUAGAAGUUGCAUUAUUGCUAAAGGACAAGUCGUUUUCCUUUCUUCAAGAUACCGAACCAGAUGUAUUCAAGCAUGGUUCUCAACACAUCAAGAUCUUUAUAGAAAAUUCUUUUGAGUGUCUUGAUCAGAGUGAUGUAGAGUUGGCAACAGCAAAAGGAAUUGAAAUUAUAGCACUAAUGGCUCCAACAAAGAAACAAGCAUAA